AUGGAGGCUGCUGGAACUAGCUGUAAAUUGGACGAAAUGAUAUCCUCAUUCAAUAUAGCAGAGCAGGUUAUGCCAAAACUUGAUCUUGUAUUAGAGAAACUAGGAACAGUAGAAUCCAAACUUGGAAAAGUAGACUCCAAACUUGAAGAACUUGAGAACCAUGUUAAAUCUGUGGAUGUUAAACUAAGCCGCGUGGGAAUCCAAGAAAUAGGCACAGAGGAAGACACGAGGGAGGUUUCGGUCGACUUUUUGGGUACAGAGCUAGGUUUGAAAGAUGCUGAUGGAUUAGAAUUUCAAAGAGUACAUCAGAUUGGAAAGUGGGACCCCUCCAAUGGAAAACCCAGACAGAUUAUUGCAUGUUUCCUGAGAUACCCUGAUCUAGAGAAGGUCAUGUUUAAUGCCAGAAAUCUAAAGGAAAAGACUUUCUCAG